GUUUCGGACAACAAUACGAACUAGACUAGUUCAAAGUUAUCAGCCUUUCAUGGUACGCCAACGAUUCUUAUCACAACAACGCGUCUUUUUACAACGGUCUGAAAAAGAAAUGUCAGCACCAGAAAAGAAGAAGACUUUAAUGCAAAAGAUUAAGGAAGAAGCAGUGCAUUACUGGCAUGGUGCUAAAUUGCUUGGUUUAGAAAUUAAGAUAUCAUCUCGAUUAACUUAUAAAAUGCUUCAAGGCACGAAGCUAACGCGACGUGAAAAUAGACAGCUUCGACGUACAACUUCAGAUAUUCUUCGACUUGUUCCGUUUGCCGUAUUUAUCAUUGUUCCUUUCAUGGAACUUUUGUUACCUGUUGCUUUAAAGCUGUUUCCCAACAUGUUACCGAGCACAUUUGAAGAUAAGAAACGUGCUGAAGAAAAAAAGAAGAAGUUACUUAAAGUUCGACUCGACAUGGCACGAUUCCUUCAAGAGACAAUUGCAGAGACAGGAUCUAUCGCAGGCACAGAUCCUGAGGCAGCUAAGGAAUUUGCCAACUUUUUCCGCAAAGUACGUAUGACUGGCGAACAGGCUUCAACCGAUGAUUUGUUGAACCUUGCGAGUAAAUUUGAGGAUGAACUGACAUUGGACAACUUGUCUCGCCCACAAUUAGUUUCUAUCUGUCGAUAUAUGAACAUCAAUGCCUUUGGUACAGACAAUUUCUUACGUUUCCAGAUUCGCAAUCGAAUGCGACAGAUCAAGAAUGACGAUGUCGAGAUCAAACGUGAGGGAAUCGAAAACUUGACGCUGCAAGAAUUAAGUGCGGCUUGUGCAGCUCGUGGUAUACGCACCAUCAGUACUUCACCUGGACGCAUGCGCGAUGAGUUGAGUCAGUGGCUGGAAUUGCACUUGGAGCAUAAGGUACCUUCGACUCUUUUGAUCUUGUCACGUGCCUUUACCUUUACAGAUCCUCGCGUCACCCCUGAAGACGCACUUCGUGCUACUUUCCAGAGUUUGCCUGAUAAUUUGGUAAAUGAAGCUGAGCUUCAAGUACUGGAAACAGUGGGUGCCAGUACAUACAAGCAAAAGUUGGAUGUACUUGAACAACAAGAGGAAUUGAUUGAAGAUGAAUCAGAACAGGAAGAGAAGGAAGAAAAGGCCCGUCUGCAAGAACAGGAUAUAAGCCAGCUUAAAGAGUUACCUUCUAUUGAUGAGGUUCCAUCAAGCGAUGAAGAUUUGCAAGCAGCUUUAGCCAAAUUAAAGACCAAGGUAGAAUAUCUCGAACAACGUGCUCAGUUGAAUGAAAUCAUGUUUCAUCAUGAGGAUUACAAAGAGCUUAUUGAAGAAUUGAAGGCAGCCAAGCAUGGCGAAACAAAUAAAUCAACUGAACGUCUUAGCCAAAGAUUAGAGAAAUUGUUGACAGCCAUAGACAAGGAAUUAGACGCACUUGAAAAAAAUGACAGUGAUGAUAAUAAAAAAGUCUAAGC